GCGUCUGUGUGUAACCAGUGCAGAACAUCAGGUUCUUUGCCAGAGGAAAAAAAAGAGUUUCUGCAAAAUGGACCAGACUUACAAGACUUCGUAUGUGGAGAUUUGUCAGACAAGAGCACGUGGGCUGAGUAUAAAGGCAAUUUAAAGCGUCAGAAAGGGGAAAGGCUGCGACUUCCUCCAUGGCUGAAAACAAAGAUUCCCAUGGGAAAGAACUACAAUAAACUAAAGAAUACCUUGAGAAGUUUAAAUCUUCAUACGGUAUGUGAAGAAGCACGUUGUCCCAACAUUGGAGAAUGCUGGGGAGGUGGUGAAUAUGCUACAGCUACAGCUACUAUUAUGCUGAUGGGUGACACAUGCACUAGAGGUUGCAGAUUUUGUUCAGUAAAGACAGCAAAAAACCCACCUCCACUGGAUCCCAAGGAGCCUUACAACACAGCAAAGGCUGUAGCUGCAUGGGGCUUGGAUUAUGUUGUACUGACGUCUGUGGACAGAGACGAUAUGCCCGACGGCGGAGCAGAACACUUUGCAAAGACAGUCUCUCAUCUGAAAGAAAG